UGGCUGGGAGAAGUUGAGCAGCAGAGAGAGCUUGGAAGGAUGCAGGGAAGAUGGCGAUGAAUGUAAAGAACAGAGAUGCUUUUUAUUCAAGUGCUGACUAUUGCAAUAUCUACAGCUCUCAGCCUGUAAACUAUGGAGAUUGCAGUCAUUAUUUCGCUCGGAUGACAGGUCCAGACCCGGUUCUGAAGCCGCCUCUUAGUUUGAUGUGUCAGCAGCCGCCUCAGCCCUUCCAGGCCAUGACCCCGACUCAGAACCUCAGACCUCCACCCGUGAUGAUGUCUCCGGACCCCUUGCAAUUCCCGCACUGCACUCCUCUAGCCGUAAAGCCGCCCCCUCACCUCCAGAUGCCGCCCAACCCACCCAUCCCAGCACCUCCCGUCCUCAGUCCAAAGCCCCCUGAGGAAGAUGGUCAGGCAGUGGGCGCUGACCAGGAAGCAACUCUGGAAGAGCUUUGCAAGCCUUUGUACUGUAAACUUUGUAACGUCACUCUCAACUCUGCCCAACAGGCUCAGGCACAUUAUCAGGGGAAAAACCACAGUAAGAAGCUGCGCAAUUUUUAUGCUGGUAGCCAGCAGCCACCUCCCAUUAGAAUACCAGAGGUAGUAGAGCCUGUUUCCCAGCAACCCUCAGCCACUCCACCCACAGAUUCUGCAAAUGUGACUGCCAACCAGCCACUCUCUAAGGGCGCUAGCAGAGUCAUACUGGCCACGGAAAAUGACUACUGCAAGCUGUGUGACGCUUCCUUCAGCUCCCCUGCUGUGGCCCAGGCGCACUAUCAGGGCAAAAACCACGCCAAAAGACUGCGGCUGGCUGAGGCGCAGCAGAGCGCCACGUCCUCAGACUUGUCCGACGCUCAGAGACGGCCCCGAAAAGAAGGGUACGAGUAUAGAUUAAUGAAGAACCGCAGGGCUUAUAUCAACACUGCCAUGCCAGGCCCUUACUACAACCCACGGCCGAGGCAGCGUAUCCCACGAGACCUUGCGAUGUGCGUCACACCCAGCGGCCAGUUCUACUGCUCAAUGUGUAACUCGGGUGCCAGCGAGGAAGCCGAGUUUCGUCUUCACCUGGAGAGCAAGCAGCACAAAAGCCGAGUGUCCGAGCAACGUUACCGUAGUGAGAUGGAGAAUCUGGGAUACACUUAAGAGGCAUCCAAUGCGUGAUUCACAGAUCCUGAAGAAAUAAUCUUGCAAUUCUGCAAGUAGCCACUUUUGUUUUAAAAUGGAAAAUGGCAUUUUUUAUGUUUAAUUUUUUCUAAUCUAGAAGCAAUUUAUGAGCUUAAAUUCGCACACACUGCAGAGCAAAAGUAGCUUUUGUGCCAGACUGAGAGGACCAUUAAUUGGUGGCAUUGGAAGUUUGAGGAAGCUUUAUUUAAUAAGGGAUAUCUAAAGUUUGAAAUGCUCAUAAUUAUUAUAAUAAUUAUUAUUUCUAAUUAGCAUGAAAGUAGUAAAUUCUUAUCCUAGAUCACCUUAUGAGCAAGUAUACAAAUACAGUAUUAGUGUAUACUGCAGCGUUGUGGAUUAGACACUUUCAAUAUGGACUUAUGUAUAAGUCUAUCAUUUUUAUUAUAAUUUAUUUACUUCUAAUUACUAAAAUGACCUCCAACAUUCUUUGGAGAGGUUCAUCUAAAAAAAAAAAAAAAAAAACAGGUUGUUUUUUUUUUCUCAGCUAUUUUUUGCGUGCAAUUGAUGCCUCAAUAAGGGACAAAUCUAUCAGUUUCCUAAACAAACAGAAGUGGCAAUCCUACUCACUCUGAGCCGUAGAUUCACUGUGUUUCUUCAGGAGCUACAGAACGCACACGUUCAGUUUAGAGACUUGCAUUACCAGGAGAAUCCAUACCGCGGGUCUCCGGCGUGCCUGCUGAAUGUACUGUGAAAGCGAUGACAAUAGAUCUACCCCCGUCUGGCUUUGCACACCACACGUUUACUAGAUGUAGUGGGAGAUUUUCAAUCUAAUAAGCAUCAUUUGGUCUGUUUUGGGGUGUACAUCUGAUACUGUUAACUAGCUUGCGUCCGUAUGAAAUUAUUUGGGUGAUUGUUGUUUAUUUUCAUCUUGGAUUAUCCCCAGGGAAUCUCUCCCCACACUAAAGGAAGAAAUGGAAAACAUGGCUAUUUUUAAUAAGGUCUGUGCCGCCCAUGCCCCUACCUCACAACCCUCUGACUUGUUAGUAUUCAAGUUGGCCUACCAAAGCUUAUCUGACAAAAAUAAUCAAUGAACCCCUUAGCUUUAUAUCAGUAUAAACUAAAAUCUAUUAGAAUCUUUUGCUUCCAAUAUUUACUGAGGAAAACGAGGAGAAGUAGGAGCUGUUAAAGUUGCCAUGAAAUCGGAAGUAGCGAUAGUCUUCUCUUCUCUAUUGUGACGUAUAUCCGAGGGAAAAUGGCUUCUUGAACAAGAAAAAAAUGUUGGGUGGAACGUGAUUUUGUCCAUUGGGAAUUGAUUGGAUGGUUGUGGUUUGCUAUUGGUCAAUUCUAUGUGAGUGACAGGUUGCCCUGCCCUCACUCUAGUAAACACAUCAUUAGAGAAGAGAAGAGAUGUUGCUGACGUUAUUUAGAUUAAAGAUUAUGAGGGCACAUGAAUUUAAAAAAAAAAAAUUAUGUGCACGGAUAAAUCAUUUAUUUAUAAUAAAUACUGCAUUCCAUAAAAAAUAAGAAUUGUUCAUUUUGAUUUUAUGGUGACUUUAAAAAUUUUACAUGCGUCAUGUUUUUUGUUCAUGGAUGCAUGAUUUAAUGCAUAAACCGUCCCCUUUCCCUAUUGUAUCACUUAAAAUGCUAUACAUAUUUUAUCAAAGACAAUAUUAUAAACAGAAGAAGUGACCCAGUUUUACCUUUGCUGUCUGUUUUGUUCACUUUUCAGAGUUGCAGUCCAUCGUCACUAAAUGUUUGCGAUUGUAAUACUUCUCUGAUUUAGUAUUAGUUCUGCAUGAAAUUAUUGCUGCUUGUACAUAUUAAGAGGAUGAUUUCACUGCAAGAAAAGGACCAUUUCAGAACUGAAUUGCACUUGCUAAGAGAUGGAAAAGACUGUAUUGAGAUAAGAAGUUCAUGACAUGCUAUAAAUAAUUACGCAGACAUCAUCUACAUUCAUUCAAAUCAAAUGUUUACAGUGGGAAUCAUCACAGGGGACUUAUGGGAGAGAAAUGGACUCAGUGGAGCCGUGAAGACAUCUUAAAUGUGCCUCGGAGUAUAAAGCCUACUCUACUGUGAUGUUGAACAUUUCAUGUUGUUCUGCUUUGAAUAUGUUUCCAGUAGAAGGGGCUUACAGUCCUUCAUAAUGAGUAAUGUUUUGCGUAUUCAAGUACUGAACAUUUACGACAAGCUCUUUUUAUAUAAAUGUGAUUUGUUUCAUAUGUAUAUAUUGAUAUAAAAAUCACUUUGCAUUUUAAACAUGUUAAAUGCUAAUUUAACAUGUUCAUAGUGCAGAUUAAUCCAUAAUAUGCACCACUGAUCAUCAAUUUGAUGAUUUGAUGGUAAAAAUGAUUUUGUGGUUUUGCAGUGCAUAAACACAGCAGAAAGGCAACAGGAAAUGGUUAGAAAGGGAAUGGGAUCAGAACAUGUCGCAAGUUUGACUAGAACCUGCAUUAUCCAUAUGAGCACUACAGCUGUAAAACUAUGCUGGUGUUCUCUACUGGCAGUCAUUGUAUUUUCUCCCAGAGGUUCACCAGAGGCAAGCCAUAUCCUGUUUUGUGUUUUGUGCGGUCAGGAAGUUGUGACCCUGGUCUGGAAACAGACCUUCCCAAAGGACCUCAGCAGGGACACUAUAGGUUCUCCCCCAAUGGAGAAUCCCAACAGUCUUUUUCCUUCAAGCCAA